AUGGCUUCAACAUGCAUGUCCAACUGCAUCAAUGACACUAGGGUCCCGGUCAGGCCAACAUACGUCAACCUCUACAAAUGGCCGGAAUCGGAUGCGGAGUUCGUCAGUCCACUGAGCUCUCACGGGUGCAGCAGUGCAGUUGAUAGCAUCCGGUGCAGGCAAAUGUACCUGAGGAGCCAUACGUUUCACAGGAAUGAAGCCCAGCCUGCGAAGAAAACGAAAUGCUUUGGCAGAGUUGAUAACAAGGAAACAAACCAAAACAAGCCCAAGAAGAAGUGCACGGCGCUGAGAAAGGCUAAACAAGUGUCUUGUGCUGCCCUGUUGGCCGUGUUUCGCAGGCUGUUGUCUUGCACCACCAAGGUUGAUGUGGCUGAUCAUGGAGAUUGA